UACUUUGGCACGUGUUGCAGCCAUGAAAUUCUAAGUUAAUUAUUAUUUGCAAAAAAAAAAAAGUUUAUGAGUUUGAACAUCAAAUAUCUUGUCUUUGUAGUGCAUUCAAUUGAAUAUGGGUUGAAAAGGAUUUGCAAAUCAUUGUAUUCCGUUUAUAUUUACAUCUAACACAAUUUCCCAACUCAUAUGGAAACGGGGUUUGUAUUUCAUUGUAAAAUCUAAUUUUAGUAAGCAUGGGCAGGCCACAAACGCUAUUUUCCGGUGUUCAUUGUAGUUUAAAUGAAUCUUUUAAGUUAUUAUUUAUAUUAAAUAUGCAAUCAGAUUAAUGUGCAAAACAGUUUGCUUUGUAGAAACAAUAUUUCACAGUUAUUUUUAUCAUGCAUUUGAUUUUCAUGGGGGUACAAAUGGCACUGUGACACCAAAAGUGUUGGUGUCACAAUGACUUCUUCUGCAUUAAACUUAUAGGACAUGAUGCUUCAUGGUUUAAGUGUGCUAUAAAGUUUUAAGAGUCCAAAGAUCAUUCCAAAGAUUGAUGGUGCAAUCAUACUUCAAAACGAUUAUUUUAUAUGCACAUGCUUUUGAACACUGACCCCAUAAAACAUAACAAUGCUUCAUUUAAUUUUUUUAUGCCAUUUUCCUUCCCACUUGCACUUGAAGCAGUGGGCUGGUCUGUUAAGUCAUCGUCACGUUAUUGGAUAACCUAAGGAACAGAAAAUGAGUCAGUCCAGUAAAAUCUACAAAUUACAAGCUACCAAAGAGCACACUUCCAUUUGUCCCUCAAAGUUAACAGGCACGGAUCAUUUUCUCCCGCCAUCACGUUUCCAAAAUGUCUGUAUUCCAGGAAACGACUGCAGGUCUUCAGUGCCUCGCCGAGGCCACCAUCUGCUCGGGCGCCAACUGCCUCGUUCCGACCAGUGACUUCAAUGCAACAUUGAGUCUCGUGUUGAGUACGGUGCUCACCAUCAUGCUAGCUAUGGUGAUGUUUUCAAUGGGCUGCACGGUCGAUGCCAAGAAACUUUGGGGGCACAUCAGGAGACCGUGGGGCAUCAUUAUUGGUUUCCUCUGCCAGUUUGGCAUCAUGCCUUUCACCGCCUUUGCCUUAUCCAUCGCCUUUGGCGUGCUGCCUGUUCAGGCCAUUGUCAUCGUGAUCAUGGGUUGCUGUCCAGGAGGUUCCGGCUCUAAUAUCAUCUGCUACUGGCUAGAUGGAGACAUGGACCUAAGUAUCAGUAUGACAGCCUGUUCCUCCAUCCUGGCCUUGGGCAUGAUGCCACUCUGUCUGCUCAUCUACACCUCCAUCUGGACUUCUUCAGACACAAUCCAAAUCCCGUAUGACAGCAUUGGUAUUACUUUAGUGGCCCUCCUUGUCCCAAUUACCGUGGGAAUAUAUGUGAAACGUAGAUGGCCCCACGUGGCUAAGAAGAUCCUCAAGGUUGGGUCCAUUGCAGGCUUUGGUCUCAUUGUCAUCAUUGCUGUGGUUGGAGGAAUUCUUUACCAAUCUUCCUGGACGAUUUCCCCUUCCUUGUGGAUAAUCGGAACAGUCUACCCUUUUAUUGGCUUUGGGAUGGGUUUCCUUAUGGCCCGCUUUGUUGGACAACCAUGGUACAGGUGUCGUACAAUUGCACUGGAGACUGGUUUCCAGAACUCCCAGUUGUGCAGCACCAUUGUCCAGUUGUCCUUCAGCCCAGCUGAGUUGGAGGUGAUGUUUGCAUUCCCGCUUAUCUACAGCAUCUUCCAGCUGGUAGUGGCCGUCCUGUUUGUGGGAGGUUACCAAGUCUAUAAAAAGAAAUGUGAUCGAGGAACAGCUGAGACGGACGGCGAGUCUCCGUCGUUGGAAGAAGGCUGCGCUGAACAAGCAAAAGAGAAGCGCUAUUACGUGGAAAACAGGGCGUUUGAAUCGAAUGAAAGUAGCGUCAGUAAAGGCAAAGCUGAGCACCCAGACAAGAACACCCAGUUGUGAGACGACGACCAGCGUGACCUGCACUCCACGCUGCUGACAGCUGCCGACUUGAAACACUCUGCAGGCUGGUGGUGUGCCCUGGAAAUUACAGUACAAAGGGGAUUCAUAUGGCCCCAUUCGUUGCGGUUUACCUGACACAUGAAACCUGAUGAAUUGGGGGGUUGCACUAUUCACUUUAGCCGCCAAAUGGCAGUAGUGUUGAAUAUCUUAAAAUGUGUUUUGUGGCAAUUGCAACUUUGACCAUAGCGUCAGUUGCUAUGCAGAGUGGCGCUUUCCAUAAUUUUCAGCAGAAUGUAUUGCAAAAUAAUUAACGCCCCCCUCUUUCUCUCACACGAGAUCCACCCAGGGAUGGGGCCAUAUGAAUCCCUUCCCUACUGUAGCUCCAUUUGCAAACUGUGUGAUAUUUCUCCAAAAAAUUGUGACCAAACUAGAUGUUAGAUUUUCUGUGUUUUUGUAGACAUACAGGUAAA